AUGUCGAGCCCGGGUGUGGACGGCGACCCCAAGCCUCCAUGCUUGCCUCGCAAUGGCCUCGUGAAGCUGCCAGGCCAGCCCAACGGCCUGGGUGCAGCCAGUAUCACCAAGGGCACGCCAGCUGCCAAGAACCGCCCCUGCCAACCACCUCCCCCACCCACUCUCCCACCACCCAGCCUGGCUGCCCCACUGCCACGGGCUGCCCUGGCUGGGGGCCUGUGCCCCCCAGCAGGGCUCCCCCUUGGUGGACCAGCCUCAGCCCCAGUUCCCGGGCCCCCAGUGGAGCGGCCACCACUGGCCACAGACGAAAAGAUCCUCAAUGGCCUCUUCUGGUACUUCUCAGCCUGUGAGAAGUGCGUGUUGGCCCAAGUGUGCAAGGCCUGGCGGCGUGUGCUCUACCAGCCCAAAUUCUGGGCAGGCCUCACACCUGUGCUGCACGCCAAGGAGCUCUACAAUGUGCUGCCUGGUGGCGAGAAGGAGUUUGUGAACCUGCAGGGCUUCGCUGCGCGUGGCUUUGAGGGUUUCUGUCUGGUUGGCGUCUCCGACCUGGACAUCUGUGAGUUCAUCGACAACUACGCCCUCUCUAAGAAGGGUGUCAAGGCCAUGAGCCUCAAGCGCUCCACCAUCACGGAUGCUGGCCUGGAGGUGAUGCUGGAGCAGAUGCAGGGCGUCGUGCGCCUCGAGCUGUCGGGCUGCAACGACUUCACCGAGGCGGGGCUGUGGUCCAGCCUGAGCGCGCGCAUCACCUCGCUGAGCGUCAGCGACUGCAUCAACGUGGCCGACGACGCCAUUGCGGCCAUCUCGCAGCUGCUGCCCAACCUGGCCGAGCUGAGCUUGCAGGCCUACCACGUGACGGACACGGCGCUGGCCUACUUCACAGCACGCCAGGGCCACAGCACGCACACCCUGCGCCUGCUCUCCUGCUGGGAGAUCACCAACCACGGCGUGGUCAACGUGGUGCACAGCCUGCCCAACCUCACAGCGCUCAGCCUCUCCGGCUGCUCCAAGGUCACCGACGAUGGUGUCGAGCUCGUGGCGGAAAACCUGCGCAAGCUGCGCAGCCUCGACCUUUCGUGGUGCCCGCGCAUCACCGACAUGGCGCUCGAGUACGUGGCCUGCGACCUGCACCGCCUGGAGGAGCUGGUGCUGGACAGGUGUGUACGCAUCACGGAUACUGGCCUCAGCUAUUUGUCCACCAUGUCCUCCCUCCGCAGCCUCUACCUGCGAUGGUGCUGCCAGGUGCAGGAUUUCGGGCUGAAGCACCUCCUGGCCAUGAGGAGUCUGCGUCUCUUGUCUCUGGCAGGCUGCCCGCUGCUGACCACCACGGGGCUGUCUGGCCUGGUGCAGCUGCAGGAGCUGGAGGAGCUGGAGCUGACCAACUGCCCCGGGGCCACCCCCGAGCUCUUCAAGUACUUCUCGCAGCACCUGCCCCGCUGUCUCGUCAUCGAGUAG